UACCUCGCAUCAGGACCAGUCUGGCUGCACCUGCAUCCUCGGCUCAGAGCAUCCCUGGAGCAUCUUAAGAGGCGACCGCAGCUGGCAACCAGGGACCAUACCGUCGCAGGAGGUGUCCACCAGAUACCUUCCCCCUCCCUUGACCUAGCGCUGUACAGCGGCGGGCUCGGUUCUGAUCCGGAGUUCCCAGAAUUGCAAAAGCAUUUGUAGCAAUAUCUUCUGGUUACGACAUGGCCGAGAUCACCAAUAUCCGACCUAGCUUUGAUGUGUCACCAGUGAUGGCAGGCCUUAUCGGGGCCUCUGUACUGGUGGUGUGUGUCUCGGUGACCGUCUUUGUCUGGACAUGCUGCCACCAGCAGGCAGAGAAGAAGCACAAGACCCCACCAUACAAAUUUAUUCAUAUGCUCAAAGGCAUCAGCAUAUACCCAGAGACCCUCAGCAACAAGAAGAAAAUCAUCAAAGUACGAAGAGACAAAGAUGGCCCUGGGAGGGAAGGUGGGCGCGGGAACCUGUUGGUGGAUGCCGCAGAAGCUGGCCUCCUGAGCCGAGACAAGGGUCCCAGGGGACCUAGCUCUGGAUCUUGUAUAGACCAGUUACCCAUCAAAGUGGACUAUGGGGAAGAACUGAGGAGCCCCGUUGCAAGCCUAACCCCUGGGGAGAGCAAAACUACUUCUCCAUCAUCUCCAGAGGAGGACGUCAUGCUGGGAUCCCUCAUCUUCUCAGUGGACUAUAACUUCCCCAAAAAAGCCCUGGUAGUGACAAUCCAGGAGGCCCAUGGGUUGCCUGUGAUGGAUGACCAGACCCAGGGUUCUGACCCCUACAUCAAAAUGACCAUCCUUCCUGACAAGCGGCAUCGAGUAAAGACCAGAGUGCUGCGGAAGACCCUGGACCCUGUGUUUGACGAGACCUUCACCUUCUAUGGCAUCCCGUACAGCCAGCUCCAGGACCUGGUGCUGCACUUCCUUGUUCUCAGCUUUGACCGCUUCUCUCGGGAUGACGUCAUUGGGGAGGUCAUGGUGCCACUGGCUGGGGUGGACCCCAGCACAGGCAAGGUGCAACUGACUAGGGACAUCAUCAAAAGGAACAUCCAGAAGUGCAUUAGCAGAGGGGAACUACAGGUGUCUCUAUCAUAUCAGCCAGCGGCACAAAGAAUGACAGUGGUGGUCCUCAAAGCCAGGCACUUGCCGAAGAUGGAUAUCACCGGUCUCUCAGGUAAUCCUUAUGUCAAGGUGAACGUCUACUACGGCAGAAAGCGCAUUGCUAAGAAGAAAACCCACGUGAAGAAGUGCACUUUGAACCCAGUCUUCAACGAAUCUUUCAUCUAUGAUAUCCCCUCUGACCUCCUGCCUGACAUCAGCAUUGAGUUCCUUGUCAUCGACUUCGAUCGCACCACCAAGAAUGAGGUUGUGGGGAGGCUGAUCCUGGGGGCACACAGUGUCACAGCCAGCGGCGCCGAACACUGGAGAGAGGUCUGCGAGAGCCCCCGCAAGCCUGUGGCCAAGUGGCACAGUCUGAGCGAGUACUAAUCCUGUGUUUCUCACCUCUCACCCCAGGGCCAGGCUGGGCAGGGACGUGGUGGGGACAGAGGUGAUAGAAAGAAGCGGACUCAAAAUCUCAUUUUAGUUAUAGAAGAAAAUUUCUUACAAAAUAAACCCCACAAAGAACACCCCACAUGACCACAGAUGCAGAUUAGUUCUUAGGGAUGGUGAUUUUUCUCUUUUGCAAGGCACUAGGAAUCCUUUUUUUCUUAAAUGGGAAAAUAGAGAGGGAAAGACCUCUACAAGUUUAUAUAUAACAAUGUAACCUUAUACUUGCAUGUCUAAUACAAACUGAAGAAAUUAGCCUGACUGCCAAUAUCAAGUUAAAGAUUUUAAUCCAUGAAAAUUGUGUUUUGUGCCGAACUAUAUUUGCUGAUUACCUGAAAUUGGCCUCUUUUCUUUUUUUAAAAAUUGAUUUUAGAGAGAGAGGGAGGAAGGUGGGAUGGGGAGAGAGGGGUGUUGUCCCACCUAUUUAUGCAUUUAUUGGUUGAUUCUUGAAUGUGCCCUGACCGGAGAUCAAACCUGCAACCUUGGUGUAACAGGACGACAUGCUAACCAACCUAGCCCCCUGGCCAGGGCAAAAUUGGCCUUUUUUAUUGGGCUUCUCUGGAGAGUUACUCUCACUCCCCACCUCUGCAAAAGAAUAUUUUGCUCUUGUAAAACCUCAUUUUUAUCUUUCCCUUCUUUUCUUCCUAUUACCUCUUACAUAUCUGCUCUUUAACUGAGUUCAAAGUCCAGAAAUCUGUAGUAAGCCGAGAAACAAAGGUGGAAUGGAUUAGGCAAGGUUUGCAAGAGAAAGAAUGUUUGAGAAGUGGGGUGUUUUUGCUGUCAGCACUCCUGCUAUGAAGGGGUAGACGGCAGUCUGAUCAAAUUGUGAUGAAGCACAUGGACACAUCAGAUUUAUGAGGUAUGAUUGGGAUCACAGAACAAGAUGACAUCUCUCAAAAGAGCUUUCGAGACUUCAGAUUCAGCUGUAGGAUAGUACCCAUGAACACAGCAUACUGAUCCCAAACACUGUUUGC